CACCGGACCUUCUUUCCUCUCUCUCAGAAAGUUUUUGAUGUUUCGAGACGAUUAUUUGGCGAUGAUGGGACCUAAUCGGCCCGUCUCAACGCCGUGGUCGCGAGGCCAGGACAAGCAGUUCGAGCGCGCUCUCGUACUAAUUCCCGAGGAGACGCCUGAUCGGUGGACGAAGAUCGCCUCGCACCUGCCGGGGAAGAGCUCGUGGGAGGUGCGGGAGCACUACGAGGUGCUGGUGCACGACGUGUCGGAGAUCGACUCGGGGCGGAUCGAGGUGCCGAGUUACGCGGAUGAGUCGGUCGACUCGGAGCGGGAUCGACCGGGUGAGAGUCGGAUCUCCUUCGGUGGCGGAAUGGGGAAGACGAGCGAGGUUACGGAGAGGAAGAAAGGGGUGCCGUGGACGGAGGACGAGCACAAGCUUUUCCUAAUUGGGCUACAGAAAUUCGGGAGGGGAGAUUGGAGGAGCAUUUCCAGGAACGCAGUGGUUUCAAGAACACCCACCCAAGUGGCUAGCCACGCCCAAAAAUACUUCCUCCGUAUAAACUCUAUCAAGAAAGAAAAGAAAAGGGCCAGCAUCCAUGACAUCACCACCGUCCAUAGUGGCCAGGCCGAGCAAUCGAAUGACCCAAGUUGGGUGGACCCAUCUUCCGGAAUGCAUCGCGGCCCACUGGAGAUGAUGGGCCAACAACCCACUGAUCAAGGUCCUUAUGGAUACCGGCCUUUUGGAUAUCCCAUGUGAAAAGAAAAUCAAAUUCGUGAAAGGGGCAUUACUUAGUCAAUUCGUACAUAAAUCUCUUGUUUGGUCCAUUAUUUAUAUAUUUUACAAUUGAGUGCAAAUAUAGAGUUUAGAUAUUUUGUUGCA